ACGGCGCCCUGCGGCGGCGGCCGCCACUCCUUCCUUGCUGCGGAGACGCCCUCGUUGCGGCCACUCCUCCAUCAAUCUUUCACAUAUAUACAUACUUACUCGACUCUCGCCGCGACGGCAGUCCUCGACUCCAGGCGGCAGGCUCGUGGGGGCCCGAUUGCUGCCUCCCCAGCUAGGGCUCGCCGUCGCCCACCCUCACUCAGGGACGGUCGCCCUCCGCCCGCUCCUCCUAGUAACUGGGGCGGAGCCAGCACUAGCAAUCAGAAGCGGGGAGAUCCCCAGGAACUCGGCGGCGGCGCCGCAGGCCGCAAGGCAGAGCAGCAAACCGGCCGAGUAGCGGGUUCCAAAAUGAGCGACGGCGUGAUAUGGCACUGCAUCCGGCACAACCACUGCAGCUUCAUGGCUAAGAUUACGACAGGGAUAUUUUGCCGGAAUCCCUACAACGCUACGGGCAUAUGCAACCGGAGCUCCUGCCCUCUUGCCAACAGUCGUUAUGCCACCAUCCGGGAUCAUGACGGUGUCUUCUAUCUGUACAUGAAAACUGCUGAAAGAGCUCAUCUGCCAAACAAAUUAUGGGAGAGAGUCAAACUGCCAAGGAAUUAUGAGAAAGCAAUGGAUGUCAUUAACAAGCAUCUUGAAUUUUGGCCUAAGUUACUUGUGCACAAGAUCAAACAGCGGCUGACAAAAAUGACUCAAUAUCGUAUAAGAAUGAGGAAGCUUCAACUUAAAGUGAGGGAGAAGGUUAUGACAAUGCCCAGGAAGCAAACUCAGCGUGAUCUCAGGAGACUGGAGAAAGCUGAAAAGGCUGCUCAACUAGAAAAGAACAUUGAAAGUGAAUUGAAGGAACGCCUGAAGAAAGGUGUUUAUGGUGAUAUCUAUAAUGUUCCCUUCAAAGAGUUUGAUGAAGUUCUUGACAUGGAAAGAGAUGAAGUGGUUCUUGAAGAAGAGGAUGAAAAAGAAGGAGCGGUAGAGUAUGUCGAAGGUGAUGACAUGGAAGAGAUGGAUCACAUGGAUGAUAUGGAAGAUUUUGAAGGCCUCAGAGGCACAGACGAAGAUGAUCAUUUGGAUAGCCAAGUACCAAAGAAACCUAAGGGAUUGGGUUCUUAUUUCAAGCAAAAUGCAGGGAAAAGGUCUAGAAAGGUUAUGACUGAGGUGGAACAAGACGAAGAGACAAAUACCAGGCAAAGGACCCGAAUGUGAAUUCGGCAGAGUGGGUGACUUUUGUUGUGUAUUAGAUCAUUUUAUUUGCCUUCUUUAUUUUAAUGCGUAACAUUCACCUGGGUUCCUGUGGAGAAGCGAUCCAUAUUUGUCCAUGCUCUGUAAUUAGGCUAACUAAAAAAUUAGCCUUUGCAGUCUAAGCAACUGAUGCAGCAAAUCUGAAUCUUUAUGCCCUGUUUGGAAUCAACCGAUGGAUUGUCCCUUACCUCU